AUGCCUCUGUCUCCGACUCCGCCUGCUUUCUCUCGUAGCUUGGAAGCCUUCAAGUGCCAGCUCUCUUUACGAGACAUCGAGGCCUUUGGAUUGACCAGUUUCCAGGAACUCAGGAAUGCCAUUGAUAGUAUCCAAAAUGAACAAGCACAUCGACGCGGUUAUCGCAAUCUGAAUAAGAUCAGGCCGUUUUUGGAAUUCUUACAGCAGUAUGCGCGAGUCAUUGAACAAUUUGUUAGCGCGAAACCCGACUUUCUAGCUUUCAUCUGGGUCAGUAAGAUAGGUAUCAUACCUUAUACCUCAAAUAAAUCCACUCUGCUGGAAGCAUCCGCUAAUUCCAUAAAGGGCCCCGUAAAAUUGUGCCUUCAGGUUGCUUCACGACUGUCGGAUGCAUUCGACUCCCUACUCGAAGCCUAUGCGAGAAUCGGAGAAUCCUUGCCAGUCUUCGCAGCUGUUGACACUCUAUUCUCUGCUCGUGGAGGACACUACGUACAGCAGAUUCUGGCCAAUGUCUACGAGGACAUCUUGAAGUUUCAUAGUAGGGCCGUUAUUUUCUUCAAGCAGAGAACAUGGACAAUAGCAUUUAAAACGGCCUUUCGGUCGUUUAGCGAUUUGUAUGGAGAUGUGGUCAAGAAUCUUCAAGGGUCCAAGGAGCUUCUUAUUCAGACAGCAAGUGUUUGGCAUUUUCGAGAAGCCCAGGAUGCCAGACUGCGCAUUUCGCAAGAAUUUGAGGCCCAGAAUUACAGGGACGAUCAACAUCGGAAAUCAUUCGUAGUAGAUUGGCUUUCACACGUUUCCUGUCAGAACCGACACGAAGAGCUUCGGCAAGCACAACGCUUAUACUCAGCAUCUACCCGCUGGGUAUUCGAUACAACACAGCUAUCUGAGUGGUCCUGGGGGAGUGAGAUGAGCAGUCCUGUCCUUUGGAUUUCUGGUAUUCCUGGAGCAGGUAGGGUCCAUAGCGUCAGUGCCUUAAUUGAAAGCCUCGACUGCUAA